GCGAGACAGUGUAGCGCUGAGACGUCACGAGUAAGUGAACUGAAGUGACCGAAAGAGCAAAGCAUUAACAGUGAGAAAGAUAACGAAGUGUAGCCCAUCCGCUUAUCUCCUCCAUCCUGCACCUACACCAGCAUCAUCCGUCAGCUAAAGUCGUCAAAUUUUCAAGCCCUUAAAAUGGAAGCAAGCACUUGUAGUUUUAAUCGUCAAUCAAGUGACGUCAUUGAAAAACUCUUCAAGGCCGCACAAACAGGAUCAAAAAUAAAUGACAAGGAAAUCAAUGCCAAAAACAGGGAAGGCUACACAGCGUUAAUGCUGGCAGUAGAACGUGAGAACCUCCAAGUUCUGAGAGCUCUACUUGAAGCUGGCGCUGAUGUGAAUGUCAGCAGAUCUUCUGAUGGCAGCUACACAGCUUUGUCUCUUGCUGUUGACAAGGGGCACACAACUGCUGUACGAGAACUGCUUCAACAUGGCGCUUUCCUUUCUUGUGAGAAGGGCAUUGAGGCUUUAGAUAUGGCCAGAGAAAAUGGCUUUUUCCGUGCUGUUGUCAAUGGAGAGGAAUAUCUAAUUCGACAAAACAAAGAGCAAACUUUAAAUGAGAAUACUGGCGUCUUUCAGUCAUUUAAAAAUAAUCGGCUUGAUUUAGUUAAAGAUCUGAUUACUGCAGGAAGUUACAUAGAUAAAACAGCCUUAACAUUAGCAAUAUCCAAGAACAGUCCACCAUGUGUAGAUAUUUUAAUUGAAUCAAAAAUCGAUGUAAAUUUUAUAAACAAAAACAAAUGGACGCCAUUGCAUAUGGCUGCCAGUAAAAACGAACAAAUUGUAGGAUUAUUGAUAAAGGGUAAAGCUGACGUCAACGCUAAGACAUGUGAAGGUGAAACAUCUCUACAUUUGGCAGCUAGCACAGGUGAUAUUAAAACAAUUCAACGUCUUAAGGAAGCUGGUGGAUUAGUCGACAGCCAAGAUAAAAAUGGAGAUUCUGUCUAA